ACAGUCAUCAAUCACAACCCUUUCCCCUCCAAACUUUUCUUGUAAUAAACCAACUCCAUAUAGUUAAAAUGGUUAAAUUCAUCAUCCCAGCUGCCAUCCUCAUCGCGGUACCCCUGAUUGCGCUCGCCGCCGAGCAAAAGUUCACACGAGAAGUCGCAGAAGUGGACGUCUACGCCCGAGAUAUCUUUGAAGACGCCAAUGACCUUACUGUGAGAGACUAUGAGCUCGCGGAGCGAUCCCCAUUCUUUGGAGCACUUAUCGGCGGGAUCAUGCGAGGCGUUAAAGCUGCCAAGGGGCUCUCCAAGGUUGGAAAGAUAGGUAAAAAAGCAAAUAGCGCUAACAACCACUACCAAAACAACAAGAACAACAGAAAAGGUGGUAGGAGGGGCCGACGCGAUCUCGAGGACCUCUACGAGCGCGACUUUGAUGAUGCCGACCUUUUUGAGCGUGACUUGCCGCAGGACGUUCUUGAUUUCGUGGAACGUGACUUUGAUGAGGACCUUUUGGAGCGCGAGCCUGACGAAGACUUAAUGGAGCGGGAAAUUGACAAGGAGAUUCUCGAGCGCGAACUUGACGAAGACCUCAUGGAGCGAGACAUUGAGGAGGAUGUCUUUGAGCGCGACUUUGCCGAGGAAUUAGCGGAGCGAGAAUUUGACGAUCUUGAGGAGCGUGAGCUCGAUAUGGAUGAGCUGGAUUAGUGGACGUUCGUGUUGCUCAACGGAUGGAUGGGGAUCCAGUAACGAAGUAUGCCGAGCAUAAAUUGUACAGUUGGAAUGACAUUUGCAUCCUGCAUUG